AAACGAUUUAAAUUCAAAAAGACAGUUCAAUAGAAUAGAAUAGUUGUAUCAAUUUUUUCACUUAUUGAGUUUGUAUCUUUGCCUUUAAGCCUAUUGGUCGAUAAAUAUAAGAACGUUCAAAUUAAAAGUUGUUUCAUGAACGAGUGUAUUUCACAAAAUGGAACAAUCAGACUGACCGCUAUUCGGCCAAUUAAUUAUGUAGUUCUGUAACAUGAGGACAAUCUGCGCUUUCUGCGCAAAAAAAAACUAUUAAUAAACAAGGGAAAUCAAUUAUGCAAAGCGAUGAAAGUUGUAAUUAAAGAAGAAAAUGACGGACUACGCCCCAUACAAAACGAAUCAAUCAAUAUCAUUCUGCACGUGUAGAGCUUCAAACAUAUCAUUUCGUUACAUUCGUCUACCAAAGAAGGAUCAUUUUUUGAGUGUGAUAAAUAAAAAUGUAUCGUGCACAUCUAACCUUUGAAGAAACGAUAGAAAACAUCAACAUUAUGUUGCUGAUGAUGGGAAUUCCACCCUGUGAGGAACCUUAUCCGGACGGUUUGUUGGGUGCGGUUUGGAGAAACAUUGGGUUUAUUGGAUCGUUUCUUUUGCUAUCCUAUACGACGAUCGGUGAGCUGAUUUAUUUGCUCCAGAUGUUCGAACGCGACGUCAACUUUCUCGAGGUGACAUUUCAAGUGCCGUGCGUCGGGUACUGUAUGAUCGGUGUGCUUAAGAUGAUUAUUCUGGCCGUACGACGCAACACAAUUGCCGAGCUGGUGGGAUUGUUUCGCACAAGAUGGAAGCAAGUGGUACGUAUCGUAGAUGACACACAUUGGAAAGUGUGCGAAGAUACCAUGAGACCAGCGAUCAGGAUUACUUCCGUCACGGCACUGGUAAAUGUGGUGAUGGGAAUAUCAUUUACCAUGUUACCGAUAGCGGAAAUGAUCUACCAUCAUUAUCACACCGCCAUCUGGAACCGUCAACUGUCCUUCAACAUCUGGUGGCCAUUCGAUGUGUUCGCCGGUGCCAAAUACUUCUGGUUCGUCUAUCCACUGUACGUGGUGAUUGGAUUUACUGGAAUUAUUAUUCACAUGGCAUUCGAUUGUUUAUUCUGCAUAUUGGCCGCUCAUUUGUGUAUGCACUUUCGGAUUCUGGGACAGAAUCUCGCUCUUUUUGAUGAACAAAAACAGCAGAAAAAGGACGAAGAUUCUAGCAGCAUGACACACCUCCAGGAUGCGGUGGUUCAUCAUCAGGAUUUGAUUGGGUAUUGGAAAGGUAAUUUGAAGAGAAAAAAAACUAAAAUACUUACGUUAAUAAUUCAUUCGCAGGUAUAGCCAUCCAUGCAGAACGUGUUCGGUAUUACGCUGUUUGUUAACUUUUUCGGCAGUUCCAUCAUUAUCUGCAUCCAAAUGUUUAUGAUUACGUUCUUUUUACAGACCGUAAGUGGAUAUAUGCUGGUAAAGUUCGUACUAUUUAUGCUGUGUUUUCUGAUUGAACUACUCAUGUUGUGUGCGUACGGUGAGGAUAUUGUGGAAUCGAGUGGAGCAUUGAUAAAUGCAGCGUACGGUUGUCAGUGGUACGAGGAGUCAAAGGAAAUGCAGCGAACCUUACUACAGAUUAUACACCGCAGUCAACGGCCCGUCCUUUUAACUGCUUGGAAAAUCUGGCCCAUUCAAAUGAGGACUUUCAGUAAGAUUUUGCAGGCUUCCUGGUCCUACUUUACUCUGCUGAAAACGGUCUAUGGAGACCAAUAGUGUAUCCAGCGGUGUGCUAUCCCUCGAAAGCGACUCAAAAUAAAUAGCAACAAGAAAAAAAACAAACGGAAUCGGAAAUUAACGUCGUUAUAUUGCACAACUAUUAUCAACAAAUUCCAAUCAACGCAAAGCAAAAGUCAUCGACUGCACCAAAAAGGAACUGGUACCGACAAGUUUAAUCAUCCCUUCGAAAGAAAAACAAACCUUUGACUCACACACAAGUACGCAAGAUUGCGAAAACCCGGGGGCCCUUUGUACUCCCCCUUUUUCCCUUUUUUUUGUUAUUUUUUAUAUACCCGUCCCCUUCUUCUUCACCCGAAGCAAAGUGGUUUCUAUCAGCUGUUGAAGCUAUGCAAUAUAUAAAAAAAUAAAACAAACCAACUCCUAUCGUAUCGCGACAAAAAUGGCUCACGAUAGGGCCGAUAUCAGGUAGGGCCUUUUGAGCAACACAACAAAAACAAACGCUGGAAGACCAACGGGAAAACUAUUCGCUUAUCAUUGUAUCUGGCCCACCUGCACUGCUGCUGCUGCUGCUGCACGCGGCCAGUCAAAGAGUGUUUUGCUUUCGUCACUAGCCCAUCGUUGGAGUCACGAGUCGUCGGGUGCGCUAUCUAAUCGGACACAUCGGACAUCGGCCGUGAUCGGUAACACGUCACAGAGAUUCCAACCUUCGUUACGAUACGGAUGGCGGUUUAGGCUUAGCAGGUGUAUGGAACUAGAAGCGUCAGAUGAUUGUUUGUUUGGUGGAAAUUUAUUUCAAACCAAGUCCCAAAAGUCCACAAAAAGCGCCAUAAAUAUCAACGACCGUCUAAGAAUUGCAGCGAUUCGAAUGACCUAAUUUUCGUGCAUGUUUCGUCCUGUUUCGCGUGUGUGGCUCGCAUAGCAGAAAAAAAAAUGCCGGGCAAACAUCUCUUGAUAAGCGUUACAGGUACAGUCUUGAACGACCGACCUACGUAACGUCUAGAUGCCUGGGUGGAAAAAUACACAAACAGCUCCUCCGAGUGCUCCCCAUCGGACGAGGGGUUUUUUUUUCUUAUAUUGAUAACAUUUUACAUCCCCCCUCAGACGAAUGCACAUUCCUUCGAUGAGGAUGUAAUGGUUGUUUGUUGGUAUUUGCUGCCCUCGGUGCAAUCUUAUGCAAUCGGGCAUUUUUAUCAUCGAGUUUGCUUCUCGAUAGGAAAUAGGAAAGAAGGAAGUAUGAACAUAUUUUGUCGGGAAUUACAAAAAGCAAAAAAUAACUGUCAUAUAGAAGAAGAAAAAAGAUUGUUCUGUUACAGUCCCGUGCAGGUCCCAAACAAAGAGUGACAAGAUCGCUAUUGGUGCACUCCAACACCAUCUUUUCACCAACACCACCAACAAUAGUAGCUCCAACGUCAACCACUCUCCACAAAUAUACAACAAUAGCACAAUGAAGUCCACAAAGCAACAGGACUUCGGACCAUCCACAACAACACUAGCAAUAAAAACAGCAAUAGCCACAAACCCCAGAAUCACAACCGAGUAUGCCCGGGAUAAGGCAAAUUACAAGGAGGAAAUGCCUUGCGAAAAUUGUAUAUACUUCAGCCCUCUGUGGCUGACAAUACGGCAAAAGCCGUAAUCAUGUAACAAAAUA